UGUGCGGUCGAAGUGCUGUUUCAUAGACUGACCAGCUCGAGUCAGAGUGAAGUGAACACUUCAGAUAAUAUAACAGAAUCAGAGGAGAACUUUUGGUCCAGAACUGAGAAGUCUGUACUCGUUCCCAUUCUCACCACUGAGAUGGUACUGGGUGUUUUGGGAAAUGGAUUGGUUUUGAUUGUCAAAGUUGUGUGUAAAGACCAUUUUCAGUGCCUUUACUGGCUGCCACUUUUCAGUCUCACGCUCUCAGAUUUCCUCUGCUCCAUCCUCAUGAUCUGUGGCUCUCUCGUAGCCUUGCUGAGUGAAGGGCAGAUUUCACCGUGGUGCGAGGUGGUGAGCCUGCUAAAGUUCACCUUCAUCACCUCUUCCAUUGGAAGCAUAGCAAUUCUCUGUGUUCAGAGAUAUAUGGGAAUUCCUUCCAAAGGCAAAAAGCUGUCUGUUGUCAUGGCGGUGGCAUGUGUAGCAUCAUGGUGCACUGGAGCUAUAUUUGGAGCAGUACCAGUAGUCUAUGACUGGAUAAAGUAUGAUCCAGCAGAAAUGCUGUGUGCAGUUUUCUGGGAAAGCAGUUACUCUGACAUGCUGGUUUACAUCCUCUGUGCCUUCUCCAUCUCCAUCUUCAUCCCAUUUCUCCUCAUACUCUUCUGCUCCAUUCUGACUUGUGCUGGCUAUGGGAAAGACAGUUCCAGGUUUGUAGAGUUGGAAGUAGUGAACACAGAAUGCUGA